AUCCUCCCCGCCCCUAACCUCCUCCCUACUCCCCCACGAACUCAUCCCUAUAUAUACCAUCCCCAAUUCUCUCCCAGUUCCUCUUUUUCUCCACAAUUCUAUGCUCAGGACCCUUCUACUCCGUUCUUCUUCCCCUUCUCUCCGUCGGCUCCCCUAUCACAGCACCAAAUUCUCUUCUCUCACCCGAUUUCUUCAUCCGUAUCCUUCCAUCGCCUUCUCUUCUCGGCCUUCUUCCGUUGUUUUCCGUCGACUGGUUCACGCUCGCAGGAUCCUGUCCAUGGCCGAAAGGGCUUCCCCCUCCACGUCGCACUCUCACAAGUACACUAAUCGUCUCGCCGCCGAGCAUAGUCCGUAUCUCCUUCAACACGCUCACAAUCCGGUUGAUUGGUAUCCAUGGGGCGAAGAAGCUUUCGCAGAAGCAAGGAAAAGAGACGUCCCUAUCUUCUUAUCAAUUGGAUACAGUACCUGCCACUGGUGCCAUGUGAUGGAGGUGGAGUCCUUUGAAAAUGAGGGGGUUGCAAAAUUGUUGAAUGAUUGGUUUGUUAGUAUCAAGGUGGAUCGAGAAGAAAGACCAGACGUUGAUAAGGUUUAUAUGACAUAUGUCCAGGCCUUGUAUGGUGGUGGAGGAUGGCCAUUGUCUGUCUUCCUUUCACCUGAUUUAAAACCCUUGAUGGGUGGAACAUACUUUCCCCCUGAUGAUAAAUAUGGAAGACCUGGAUUUAAAACCAUACUUAGAAAGGUGAAAGAUGCUUGGGACAAUAAAAGAGACAUGCUUGUUAAGAGUGGAGCCUUUGCUAUUGAACAGCUAUCUGAAGCAUUGGCAGCGAGUGCAGGGUCAAACAAAUUGUCAGAUGGGCUUGCACAAAGAGCAUUAUGCCUAUGUGCAGAGCAACUUUCUCAAAGCUAUGACUCACAAUAUGGAGGUUUUGGAUCUGCCCCUAAGUUUCCUAGACCAGUUGAGAUUCAACUUAUGCUCUAUCACUCCAAGAAGUUGGAGGAAACUGGAAAAUCUGGGGAAGCAAACGAAGCUCUGAAAAAGGUUUUCUUUACCCUGGAAUGCAUGGCAAAAGGUGGUAUUCAUGACCAUGUUGGAGGCGGUUUUCAUAGAUAUAGUGUGGAUGAGCACUGGCAUGUUCCACAUUUUGAGAAAAUGCUGUAUGAUCAAGGUCAACUUGCCAAUGCUUAUUUGGAUGCUUUUUCCAUCACUAGAGAUGUAUUCUACUCAUCCAUCCCUCGUGAUAUCCUUGAUUAUUUGAGGAGGGAUAUGAUUGGAUCACAAGGUGAAAUAUUUUCAGCGGAAGAUGCUGAUAGUGCUGAGUUUAAAGGAGCCAUGCCGAAGAAAGAGGGUGCUUUCUACAUAUGGACCAGCAAAGAGGUUGAAGAAAUUCUAGGGGAGCAUGCAGGUCUUUUCAAGGAGCACUAUUACAUAAAGCCCACAGGAAAUUGUGAUCUCUCUAGAAUGAGUGAUCCACACAAUGAGUUUAAGGGAAAAAAUGUGCUCAUUGAAAGAAAUGAUUCUUCAGCAAUGGCAUCAAAACUGAGCAUGCCAAUUGAGAAAUAUCUUGAGAUUCUAGGUGAAUGCAGAAGGAAGCUUUUUGAUGUAAGGUGUAGACGACCAAGGCCACAUUUGGAUGAUAAGGUUAUCGUAUCAUGGAAUGGACUUGCAAUCUCAGCUUUUGCCAAAGCUUCUAAAGUUCUCAAGGGUGAAGAGGAGGUUGCUAGAUUCAACUUUCCAGUUGUUGGCUGUGAUCCCAAGGAGUACAUGGAAGUUGCAGAGAAGGCAGCGUCUUUUAUCAGAAAGCAUCUUUACAAUGAGCAAACACACAGGCUACAGCACAGCUUUAGGAAUGGCCCAUCCAAAGCACCUGGAUUUUUAGAUGAUUAUGCUUUCUUAAUUUCAGGACUGCUGGAUCUUUUUGAGUUUGGUGGUGGAAUCUCUUGGUUAAUCUGGGCGACUGAACUCCAAGAUAUGCAGGACGAAUUGUUCCUUGAUAGAGAGGGAGGAGCCUAUUUUAACACUCCAGGAGAAGACCCUUCAGUUCUCCUCCGUGUAAAGGAAGAUCAUGAUGGAGCAGAGCCAUCGGGGAACUCAGUCGCUGCCAUUAAUCUCAUUAGAUUGUCUUCAAUGGUUGCUGGAAGUAAAUCUGAUCACUACAGGCAGAAUGCAGAACAUCUUCUGGCUGUCUUUGAGAAAAGACUGAAUGAUAUGGCUAUGGCAGUGCCCCUGAUGUGUUGUGCAGCAGACAUGCUUUCUGUCCCUUCCAGAAAGCAAGUCAUCUUGGUUGGCCAUAAGCCCUCUGCAGAGUUUGAGAACAUGCUUGCUGCUGCUCAUCCUACUUAUGAUCCCAACAAAACAGUAAUUCACAUUGAUCCAACAGAUACAGCUGAAAUGGAAUUCUGGGAAGAAAACAACAGCAACAUUGCCCUCAUGGCAAGGAACAAUUUUGCUCCUGACAAGGUGGUUGCCCUCGUAUGCCAAAAUUUCACUUGCAGCCCUUCAAUAAGCGACCCUAAAUCUCUUGAACAACUUCUUUCCAAGAAACCUUCCUCAGUUGCAUAAAUCUGGAUCUCUUGGAAUUUUCUCUGGAGCAUGUUGAGUCGUGCAGCAAUUGCAGCAUUCUAGUCGGUAAAUUACACGCUCAAAGAAUCAAAACAAGCAGGAAAUAGAUUGCUGUUUUGCUUUGUAGUUGUAUUGCUAUACAUACUGGUUUUUUAUGUAAGAAGAUGAUCUGAAUAUGAAGAAAUUUACAAGAGUGAUGGAUUUUCUGGUAAACAAGAUAUUUGGCAUCCUACAGCCGUUGCUUCAACACAAAAAGGUGAUGGUUGAGUGUGAGAUGAGCUGGCUGACUCGACCGGGGACAGGGCACCCGUUGCUGCUCUGACAAGCCAGCAACAAUCUUCACGCCUCUCCUUAUCAUGCAGCGUGAUCCGUAUUCGCGCCCCUGACCAAAGGUGUAACACCAAAGGCCAGGUUUGCUCGGUCCCUCUGAACCCAUGUGAAGGCCAGGAGACCAUCAAACACUUUCCACAUCACCUUAUUGCCCCCACUUGGGUCACAGGCCUGCGUUACUAAACCCGGCAUGCAAUGUGCCAAAAGUGGUUGGAAGAUUUAAAGAACCCAGUUCUUUAGUUUCCAACUAAUGUGGGAUGUUG